AUGGCUCAGCUCCAGGUCACGGGUGGGAGGUUUAGCUUGACCAUGCUACUUGCCCUGUCCCAGUUCACCUAUCUGCUGCUGGGAGCCACUGUUUUCCAGCUGCUGGAGAAGGAGGCGGAGAGCAACAACCGCAACUACUUUCAGAUGGAAAAGCUCUCCUUCCUGGCCAACUACAGCUGUCUGGAUGGACCAGCCUUGGAGAAGUUUGUAAAGGUGAUUUUAGAUGCCUGGGAAAGUGGGGUGAACCCUUCAGGAAAUUCAACUAACCCUAGUAACUGGGAUUUUGGCAGUUCUUUCUUCUUUGCAGGGACAGUAGUUACCACUAUAGGCUAUGGAAACCUUUCCCCCACCACAUUCUCUGGGCAGGUGUUCUGUGUGUUUUACGCCCUUUGUGGCAUACCCCUCAACCUGGCAUUUCUCAACCAGCUAAGCAAGUGCCUUACCCUCCACCUGGGACGUCUGGAACACAGCAUGGUCUCAGUGGUGCCUUACAAGCAGUGUGUGGAGGUGCUGGCCGUGGUCCUGCUCCUGCUCAUGGGCAGUGUGCUGUUCCUCGUGUUCCCCCCGGUCGUCUUCAGUCAUGUGGAGGGCUGGUCAUAUGGAGAGGGCUUCUACUAUGCCUUCAUCACGCUCAGCACCAUUGGAUUUGGGGACUAUGUGGUUGGUAAUAGCCAGGACAAGCACCACGUCUCUAUCUACCGCAGUCUGGCAGCAGUGUGGAUCAUCUUGGCCCUGGCUUGGCUUGCUCUUCUUCUCAACAUGGGUGCAAGGAUGAUGGAGCAUUUCCUUGGUCUCCAGCAGGCCCCAGUUAGGGCUGGAGAGGAGGGAAAGCCUUCAGCCCGGAAGCAGGAGGAGGGGCUGAGUCGCAGGGUCAGUGACCAGAGAACUUAAAGGGGAAGAGCCUUUUUUUAACCAGAAUGCUGAGUCCUGUGAAGUGUUGUCAGGAAAUGGGGUAUUGUAAACAGGGUACUGUUGUAAGUGUGUCUUUUCUAUGUCAGUACACAGACCACUGUAGGAGUGGUACAUUAUGUACAGUGUACAUUAUGUUCCAAGCUGUCACAUGUCAAGACUCAACAUUGCUCAAAUGUUGUAGACUGUUUUGUUCAAUUUACAUCUAUUGUCUUUGUAUCCUUGUUGGUUUGUCAAGCACAGGCUUGAGGAUUGGUGCUAAUGCUACGAUAAAGCUGAAACAUGUUAAUUCAGGCUAUGUCAAGUGACUAUCACAUAACAAAAAUGACACAGCCUCCGCGUUUCUGAGUGCACAUUUACAGAGGGUACAAAGUAUGGUUUAAAGAUUCUGACACAGUGGGCAAUAGUUUAAGAAUACCAGGCAAAAUUUUAACAUUUAUAAAUUGUGAUAAUCCUUCUUGUAUAAAACCAAGGCCAUUCAAAAUAGACACCAAACUAAAAGUCUUAGUGAACCAAAGUAUGGCUGAGAGCUACGUCUGGGUUAUGGGGAUAUAGAUUCAUAAGACGUGUGUGCAGUCUGUCACGGGUGCAUUAUGCAUUUGCAUUAAUGAGCUCGUAUUCCUUAUGAGUCACGUUAUUUGCAUUUUCUUUUUGUUUGUUACAUAGCUCAAGUUACAUCCUAUAUAAGUAUGUAUUUAUAUUUUAUCAAUAUUUGAAUAGAACAUGGAGUCCUUUUAAAAAUAUUCAGUUGUGGGGAAAAGUAUUACUGUAUUUUAUCUAGAUGUUUUUCAUAAACCAUGGUCCAGCAUUUUAAGUUUAAAGAUAUCAUUUAAUUUUAUCCUGAAUAUUGCAGUGAUAAAACUGAGAUUUGAGUAAUGUUAAAAAUCCUGUGCUUCUUAACAUUGUAAUUAUACACAAGAUAAGAUGUCAAAUAUCCUGUGUCAAUCCAUUAGAGCUUCACAUAGGGCCCAGCCCACUUCAUAUCUGCAACCACAACAUCACGAGCUCUUCUAAGGGGUCAUCAGGUAGGUAUCUCCCUUCAUCUGUGACACCUCAAGAAGGCUCAACAGUGUGGACUGGCAUCCUAGUCCCACCCCCCUCCAAGCUUUUAAAUCAAGCUGUUCCACAUGGGCUUUAUUCAGUAAAGUCUUUGUGCACACAUGGGUGUGUGCAUGUGCACAUGCAAGUGAGUGCACAUGCAUGAAUACAUGUGAGCAUGCAUGCUGCAUGCACUUAAUUGUAGAGUUUUGAUAUAAGCAGUGGAUUGAGCUAUGAGGCAUAAAACAAACACAUCAGAAUGAUUAACUGUUCCUGAGAUGUGCUGGAGACCCAUAUGGUGUUUCUAUCACAGCAGAGCUCAACAAUUACUGUUUUGUCACACAGGUCUGAAAUCCUCACUGUUAAAAUGCUUAAUAACCUAAAUUUCUCCAGUGUUUUAUUUACAUAUGUAUUCUGAAAGGCUUUAUGUAUUUAAAUAUAACUAAAAUAUAAUUUGCUAUUAAAUUGUUUGGUCACAAGAAAAUCUAUCUAUCUACCUGAGUGCGCUAAAUAUUAAUUGUGAAGAGUUUUGAAAAUCAUUACAAGAGUACAACAAAAUAACAAAAACAUUUGCUAUAUGCUCUUCGCAAAUCGUUCCUACUCUGUCUCCUUGUGUGACUCUUUAACCCUCCAUUUGCAUGGGAGGCCUUUAAGAUCUCAGAAUAGGAGACCUUGCUUGCGCAGAUUGAUUUGCCUGUCACACAAACACCCAGACCUCAAACAGCUCUGUACUCUGGGAUAGGCACAAGCAGGUACACUAGGGG